AUGGCUAUCCCCGGAUACAUGAGUUGUUCUCUGAAAGUUGAUACCAAAGCUCCCGAGUGGCACAAGACAUUGAUCAAAGUAUUGAAGAGUGUUAGAGGAUUAUCUUAUGAUGUUGAUGUAGCAGAAGGGGUUGCACGUAUUUGUGGUAAGGUAGAUCCAAAAGUACUUUUGAAGAAGCUACGAAAAGCUGGGAAAAAGGCAGAACUCAUUGAAGUUCAUUCUGAUGAGGAUCCCUAUACCUAUAGGAAUAGCGAUAUGAAUAUGAUGAUGUAUAACUAUGACCAUGGUUAUGAGUCUUACCAUGACUAUCCUUCUUGUAAUUAUCAGAAUUAUGGAAGAGUGGAGCCUUUGCCUUUACAUCAGUAUCCUUAUUACCCAUCUAAUUAUCAUGAGCCACGCUACUAUGGGUCACGCAUUGAGCCUUCACGCUAUGAGCCUUGGGCACAGCACCCUUAUUACCUGCAGUAUGAGCCACCGGCACAAUGCUUUCCACAGCCACCAUCGCCAAUGAAGAUUCAUCCAUUCUAUGAUCCAGACUAUUCAUGCUCUAUCAUGUAA